AUUAUAUAACUUGAUCAUUUACAUACAUCAGCGGGACUAAUUGUAUCUCAACUCACAGCUAGAAACCACAGCUGCUUAAUAUUAUGUAAUCCUUCUACGACAUUUAGUAAUUGAAUGUAUAAUAAUUAAACACAAUUCAUAUGGAAAACAAUCACUGAGUUUAUUUCACAUUACGUUUUAACAAGUUCCUGACUCAAUGACAGAGCUUAUGAUGCAACGCGCACGCGCUAACAAUUCGGCCAAACCAUGUGACUUUUAAGCCCUCGAAAAAUGUAAUCGAUUCGCAUUAGUAAUACUUUUCGGCGUGUAGAGUGAAUGUUUGAGGAAAAUGAAACUCAGAUUGAAAUCGGCUUUAUGUACGAUAUGCCUGCCAUUUGUUCUUUUAAUACUUUAUACAUACCCAAAAAAUAAUUGUGAAAGUAUAACUUUUCAGUCGAAAAUGGCGAACGGGAAAAUUGGAACAAAAUAUUCCGAACGAAUACCAGAGACAAGGACAAGCUCAAAACAAACGUCUACAAAACAGGUUGUCGUCAAAAAAGCAAUAUCGCAAUUUGACAACGAAAAACAAAGGAAGGUUGUGCCAGAGAAACAAUGCGCCGUUAACCUCACCUGGCCUGAAAAUAGUGAUAGAUUGCAAAUUGUCGAUAAUAUGAACAAUUCAUUUGUUUUUUCUGCAUUUGCGGAACCAGAAGAUCAUCGAGUGAAAAUUAUGGGAUUACAUCGCCUGAAUUCAAAUUCAAGCAAAAGUUGUAUUUGCUGGUUUUACAAGGACGCAAAUAAACCAAGGAUUAUUCAAACCAAUGGCACCAUAGUUCUUUUAAACGAUCAUCAUGGCAAAACGUAUGGUGCCAUGAUGGUCACGUGUGAUCUAAAUGAUAAAGGGGUUUGGUAUGCUGUGUCAGUUACACCGUCAAUCAAAGACAAACCACUCAAUCGUAUGAUUCUACAUUAUCCAGAAAAAACUGUUCAGAGAAAUUUCACGCUCUGUCUCUCUGUGAUGCAUUCAAGCUUUGGGAAUGUUAUGGGAUUUGUGGAGGCUCUUGAAUUUGAUAAAGUUCUAGGAGCUAAUCAUUUCGUAAUCCACCAUUUUUCUUCGUCUCAACCAAUGAAAAUCGUCUUAAACGAUUAUAUCAAAAGAGGGGAGGUAACUCUUUUGAACUACAAAUUACCGAUCGGUACGAAGGAUGUUCAUUAUUUUGGGCAAAUUGCUGCAGUGAACGAUUGUGUUUAUAGAUCUCGUGGUAUCUCGCGUUAUGUGGUUGUUGUGGAUAUUGACGAGAUUUUAAUUCCAUACACCUUUAACGAUUGGAUGGAAAUGAUGGACAACUUGACGUCAGCUGAACCGAAAGCGUCGUCUUUUUCAUUCAGGACUACUUUUUUUGACACACAUAUGCCGGAUGACACUAGAGGAUAUCGUCAGAAAGAUUUAGCGACUCGUUAUAAAUUGAGAACAUUGUUAAAAGUGUGGCGAGAGAACUAUAUAUUUGAGUACAAUAGUCGUUGUAAAGUGAUUGGCAAGCCGGAACUGAUAGACGUCAUGGCUAUACAUACCGUGGCUAAACAAAAGCGAGCUCAUAAGCUAAUACAUGUGAAUUAUACUACUGCGUUACUUCAUCACUAUCGGUUAAAAAAUUCUUCACCAUCCAGGAUUUUCAAUGACAAAACGAGACAAUAUAGCAGCCGUGUUGUAGAUCGUGUGAUCAAAAGGUUUAAUAGUAUUCCUACGCCUUGUAUACAUGUGUGAAAGCGUAUUGAACUUCUUUGAACGUUGUGUACACCGUGGGUGUGUGGGUGUGUGUGUGUGUGUGAGAGAUGGAGAGGGGGUGAGAGAGAUAGAGAGAGAGAGAGUCAACCGAAUACCACAAAUUAGUGCUAGGCGGAGUAUAUAGGUUCAAAUUCACAACACUAGAAUUAGACCCAUUCCACUCGACACAAAGUCAAAUUUAUUUCAAUAAUUCGCUUGUGCGUAGGACCCAACCGAAUGCAAUGAAAAUUUUUGCUACAGAAUGUUGAACUCGACACGGCGAAUUUGCACGCUUCAGUGGCUUGUUACGCAGUGCGAUAACAGAGUCUACGAGUAUAAAAAUAGCUAAGUACGUCAAAUUCUCUGCACAUGUAAAUAAAUAUAUUGUUGGCGAUUCUGAAUAGCAAUAAUAUUUAUCUUUUUGGUUAUUACAGCAGCUUUAGAAAUUACGUUCGUUUUAAUUUUUUAAUUGCUUUAUCAUUAACUGUACCGUUAUUAGCGGCAUCUUUUGGUUUAGUACAAAUAAUAUCUCUGAAAGACUCGGGUUAGACGGGAACAUGAUACUAGAAGUAGAUUCAUUUUACUUUUACAAGGUUCUUAAACCAAUUUUUGAGUUGCCCAACGUGCGUGUUUCUAAAUUCAAUUUCUUGUUCCAGCUUUCUGUUAUGGUUCGUAAAAAGUAGUCUUGAUUAUCCCGGCCUGUCAAGACUUUGAAUGGACGAUAGAUUUGUUAAGCGAGACUAAUGACAAAUUGCUCGGAUGAUAUGGCCGACACUAGUAACCAUUUUUCAGUCUAUUAUUUACGGAUGGUUAAAUGGUCAUAGCUUAUUAAGUAAAGCAUGACCGUUUAUUUAAUGACUAUAAAUGAGCGAAACUGAUUUAAGGCUUGGUAUGUAUCUAAAUAUUGUGGUGUAAUUGUCGAGAUAUUUGGAGAUAUUUAUUUAUGGUGGGGCACCCUACCAUAGUGCUAGGCGAAGUAUAAGGUGUUCAAACUCACAACACUAGGAUUGGACCCAUGACAAACCCAAACGGUACGCAUUUGAUCUCCCUAAUCUCAGAAAUCAUAAAUAAAUAAAUAUCACCCCAUAAGUAAUGGCGUAUUAAAUAGUUUUACCCUAUUUGUAUUCUUUUAUCGUUUUUUGUUGUCUGCAAAUCUGUGUCACGAGCCUCAAGCAAAAUUUGCUAAGCUAACCAAAUUUAAAUCAAAUAUGAUAGUUUUUAGUUUAUUAUUGCUGGGUUAAUCGCCUUGAAUCAGUUGUUUCAGCCAGUUUUAGAGAAACAUCUUUGGGAGGCAGCAAAAAUCCCUCUAAAGAAGUGGCGUGCACUGGUGCAGAGAGGGGCGCAGGGGCCGAUGACCCCGGGCAUCCAUUUCAGAUCCAUCCAAUCAAAGAGAGAAAGAGACAGAGAGUUUAACGUCCACUCAACACAAACUAGGUCAUUUUGGGACUAACAUAUGGUUCAAUAAUUCGCUUGUGCGUAGGGGUCUUUCGCGGUGGGAGGAAACCGGAGGACCGGGAGAAAACCCACGAGGUUGGACGUACAACCAAGGAAUCGAAACCACGCCAGUUGACUCAAUGACAGCCCUUAUGAUACAGCGCGCUUCCGCUAACCAUUCGGCGACCACCACCCCACCCUAACCAUCCGCACUAGGAUUAAGCUGUCUGUUAUAAAAUCAAAUUUGUGAAUACAGUUUCAUUCAAUAAACGGAUACAAACAGAAUGUGUGUCCACUAUUAUUAGAAAUUUUAAAAUUCCUCCAUUCCUGAUGAUAGUUUUCUAAAUAAGCAAUCCCGCAGAUUAAAUAACUGUGGUCUGACCCCUAUACAGAUUUAUACACGAGUUAUGUUCCUUACCAAUUGCAAUUUCAAUGCAUAGAGUACAUGGACUCAGACUAGCAAUUAUUUGCUCAUUGACUUUAAUGUUAAAUGGCUGUAACAUCACAGGCUGUAGCUUUUUGCUCAACAUUCCGUUGGUUCCAAUCUUUAUAGGCACAAUGGGGACCACAUUUGGCGAUCUCCUCAUCAUAAUUUUGUAGGGGGUUGACCGUUUAGGUUUUUUGCGACGGGGAUUUGGAGUUGACUGGGGUGAAAAUCUCACUUCCGACACUACGAUUGCUCUGCAGAAAGACACUUUACACCCCCUAUCCCUCCGCUGUAAUAUCAUCAUUAAAAUGGCAAAUUUGAUCCCUUUUCUCCAAUUCUAGACCAAAAAGUCAACCAAAAAAUGCAGGAAGAGGUGAGAAAAAAAAUUAAGGAAAAAAUUGUCUAUUUAUAACUCGCACUGCAUUCGUGAAAUAAGGGGAAAUAAUUACUAGCCUGACGUAUUCAUUAUGGCGGCUAGUACAGACAAUUUAAGUAGGACGUUAAACCAGCAAUUUCUCAUGCAUAAUGACAUGAAUAAUAUAAUUGAUAGUCUAACCCACCCAACCGAUAAGAUGUCUAAAUUUUAGGCUUUGGUAGGACUGUACGAUAUAUCAGAUGUGGAUUAAUUGGCCUCGGUUAUAAGGAGACAGCCAGGUCAACAUCAACGCAUUUGCCCUUAAUAGAUAUCCUUUUUCGUAACGUGACAAUUUCAAAGAGUGCAUUAAUCCUUUUUUUUCUUCUAAUGUCUGUCAAUUUAUAAAACUUUCAAGUAUAACUCUUUUUUUAAAAAAAAUUUAAGUGGGUCCUAUUUUUUUUUUUUUGUAUGCAUGUAUCGUUCAGGUACAGUGUGUGUGUGAAGUAAGGUGAAUGAUUGAAGAUAAUACGUGCACGGAAUACAAUUGUAUUGGAUAUAAUAAAUGCUUUGACAAAUGUCUUUAUCAACCAAACGAUAAAGACUAGAAAGUACAUGCCGAAUCGUCACUCAGUAAUAAAUAGAAAAUUCAUUGUAUAGAAUUGUGUCCUUCGCUGUUGUGUCCUACUUUUCUGCACUGAAUGUGGUAAUGAAGACGGGCCUACGCCAUACAGGGUGCUACGACCUACUAUUAUUUCGAAUUCCUAUUGACAAGGCCCAAGGGUUCUUUAACGUGCACGCAAACGUGUACACAGGGUCUCGGUUUUUUGGCCCAUCCGAACUACAAGACACUGCCCUUGCAGGCCAUCCGUCCUAUAUCCACUGACAAGGGGAAACCACGCUUGACAAUUCCGUGGAACGUUCUCAACCGUCGCACUCGACACAAACUAGGCCAUUUCGUUACUAACAUAUACAUGGUUAAAUUUUAUUUCAAUAAUUCAUUUGCGAGGAGGGGUCUAGCAGUGGAAGGAAACAGGAGGACCCGGAGAAAACCAACGAGGUUGGACAGGCCGUACACUACUCCUUGUCACGUACAACCGCCGAACCGGGGAAUCGAUGCUGAAAUUGAAAACAACAUCGAACGUGAUAUGGUUGGCAAAUACUAUUUCAAAUACAAGCUGAACAACAUUUGCGUUUUAGCUUAUAUUUGAAAUAGUAUUUCAUUUUGCAAACUGUGUCACGUUCGAUGUUGUUUUCAAUUUCAACACUCCGCCAAACCAUUCAACCUGACGAAGAGCUAGUCGUUGGUAUCAACAUAAUGGUUCCGAUUACACGGUGGCGACACCAAACGACGUCAUAAUGAUGGUUGCUAAGUAGAAGUAUCAAAAUUCUAAAUUUGUUUGACUUUCAUGCUUAACAUGUAAAGUGACAACAAAGUAGACAUUUUUCGUCUUAAUAAUAGAAAUAAGAUGAAACAGGAUUAAAAUUUACACUGAACAAAAAAAGAAGUUGGAUUAAACAUUGUCUUAAUUUAGAAAUUACAUGAAUAGAAGUUAGAAAUUAAAUGAAUAGAAUUUAGAAAUUACAUGAAUAGAAGUUAGAAAUUAGACGAUAGCAUGUUAGAAUUUUGAGUCUAAUGUACUGCCAUAAUCUACACCCACGGGUGUAAAUUAUUUAAGUGCCUCAUCAGAAUGUCUGAGUGCAACACUCAUCCCGAGACAGCUUACACUACUGGAAGUGGCAGCUAGUUUCCACCAUAAUUGGUGUAAUGUUCUACACUAGUUGGGUGUUAUCGGUUUACACCACUAAAGGUUAGAGUUUAACGUCCCCACGACACAUACUAGAUCAUUCAGGACUAACAUAUUUUAAUUCAAUAAUUAGGGGUCUUUUUAACAGUGGGGGGAAACCGGAGGUCCUUGAGAAAACCGACAAGCAACCCUACUCCUUGUCACGUACAACCGUGGAAUCGAAACCACGCAGUUGACUCAAUGACAGACCUUAUGAUACAGCACGCACGUGCUAACCAUUCGGUCAUCCAACCCCCCAGUGGUAAUGCAAAGCCCAGGUCUCCACGGCACGAUAACAUGUGCAUUCUUUACAUCGGGUGUAGUAACACAAAUCGGCCAGGGCCGAAUCGGUGCCCUUUACUUAUUUUACGCCUUCGAGUACUAUUUUAUGUGCCCAUUUAGACUAAAUAGUAAAAGGGUUUUUUUUUCUAGAUUUACUUCUAGUACUUUUAUUUGUUUUAUUAAUAAUUUAGGAAUUUAUUUUGCAAAAGAAAAAAAAAAGUUAAUAUGGAGUGCUAAUUAACUUCACUUUAAGUGUUAGUAGAGGCCAAACCGAUAUAUACUACUGAUCAGUUUGAUAUGGUGUUUAUUUAAGUUGUUACCAUAGUAAUCAUUGAAUAUUGUAUUAUUUAUAUUCUUUAUAUCAUAUAGUAAUCAUUUGAAUAUUGUAUUCUUUAUAUUAUUCAUAUAGUAAUAUUUAAAUAUUAAAUUUUAUAUAUUGUUCAUAUAAUAAUCAUUUGAAUACUGUAUUAUUAAUAUUGUUCCCAUAGUAAUCAUAUUGUUUCCAUAGUAAUUAUUUAAAUACUGUAUUCUUUAUAUUAAAUGGGUCACUGGCUCGUUAUCUAAUCCUUACAACCAGACAUUAUGUAAUAAAUGAUAACAUUGGAUAAACUAACAUCUUUCAACACUACACACACUCUGACUAAACCCCCACGAGUUUGACUGACCCAAUAACCCGAUUUGAAUUCACGGGGAAUAUAAUUUCCUUGUAACUGUCACAUGAAUGAAACAAUAAUUUAACUGAAAGUCGGGUUGGAGGAUAAAACAAGAACAGUACUCGAAUUGUUACAAUUUCCUUAUUUGUUUAAACAGGUCCUAGCUAUUUAAAUAAAUAAUCUACCACUUUAUCCAGAUAUAUAGAUUUAAUUUUAAACAAAGUCAUAAAUACAACAACAUUAGACACGUCAAGUAGCAGUGAAUCAGAACAAACUGAUAUACUAAGAGAGGACUGAAGUAGUUUAAUUUAACUCCUCGAAAAGCACCGACCGAUAUGUACGACUCACUGAUAUUUAGAGUUCAAUGUUUGUACGCGAGGAAUAAACAAAGGCUCUCACCUGUGUUGGAUACACCACAAUGUCAUGAACUCGCAGCUAUAGAGAGUUGGUGACCAGACUGUGUCUACGUUUAAAGAAUUGGUGUCACAAAAAAAACUUUUUAUCGAUAAUCUAUAUUCACAGACGUUAUGCCACAACAAGAUUUUUUUUUAGAUAAUCUUCAUUCACAGAAUCUGUGCCACAACAAGAACUUUUUGACCGAGAAUCUAUUUUCACAGAAUAUGUGCCACAACACGAACUUUUUAUGUUUUCCUUGAAUACAGCAGGAAUGUUUGGUCGUUACUAAUGAACGCGGGGAAAGUCUGGAACAUCAUGUUUUUGGAAUGGUCAUCGUUUAUAAUAGACAGAUGUGACAAAUAUAUACAUCCGUUGUAACUUUUAUUAACAAUGCAGUCUAUAUGAUGCAUUUUUAAAAGACCUUUCUAGAUUGUAGUCUACUAUUACCGUUAAACAGGUGUAGACAAGACGCAAUGGAUAUCUAUAAAAGCGUACUUGGGAUUAUUUUUCUCCUUGAUGCGGCCUAUAGCCGGGGAAUUCAUCUAAACCCUAAUGGAACUUCAGCUAAUUCCUCUAUUGUUCUUUCAUCAAAGGCGAACCAAGAUGGAACCUUACGCGAAAUACCCGACGUGUUGAUCGAUAGUUACUCUUGUGGAGAUAACAUGUGUAAUUGUACGGGGAAUGUUGCCGUGUGUUCUGGGCAUCGACACUUAUUAUCCUACAUUCCCAAACUACCCGCUAAUAUCUCUCAGCUAACAUUUUCGAAUAACUUUUUACCACAUAUAAAAAACGACACCUUUUCUAAUGUUUCGUCUUUGACGCAUCUUUACUUAAAAGCAAAUAAUUUGAGCUACUGUUCGCGGUUUGCAUUCCGUAGCUUAAAACAGCUUCAAAUACUAGGAAUUUAUAAAGAGAAAAAAAUAAAAUAUGGACUGUUAUAUUAUUGUUUGAUGGGCGUGGUAAGUCCGAAGCUUAAAGAGCUUCAGUUGAUUAAAUUAACGUUUAAGGAUAGAUUGAGCAAAACAUACUUCCUCUCUGCGAUGAAGAACAGUCCAGUAUCUAAAAUUGUAAUGAACUCGACUUAUAUCGAUUAUUACAACCACACUGACUUCACUCACCUGAAAAAUCUCUCUGUCCUCAGUUUACGUACGUGUUGGAUACAAGAGAUGGAUUUUUCACCGAUUCCGAAACCGAAACCGAUCUCGACCUUAACGGAGUUGGUUUUAUCAGACAAUGCUUUGGUCAGUUUUCCCAAGUUCUGUGCCGAUAAUAACGCGAUGUUUCCUAAUUUGACACGUCUGUACAUGGAUGACAAUUUUAUUCGAUUUAUGCCACGACUGGGUCUAGAUUGUAUGAAGUUUCUUCACAUCUUUUCUAUUUCUGGUAACCCAUUACACGAAUUGGGGGAAAAUACAUUUUCCAGACUCCCCAAUUUGCACACCAUUUUCAUCAGCGACAAUUCAGGAUCAUCAUUUCGGAUCAGGGAUCACGCCUUUAAUAGUUCCAGCCUCAUUAAUCUUUAUUUAAAGGGCAAUGCCGAACACGUGCAUCACUUGUAUGUAGGGGCAUUAAAUAGUUGCGCAAACCUAGAAAAAUUGGACCUAUCCAAUAGCCACCUUUACUCAAAAUCAGACGAAUACUUCGACGAACUCUUUGCAACAUUGACCAAAUUAAAAGUUCUGAAACUUUCUGGUACCGGUAUUGGAUCAUUACCUCCUGUUAUUCCAAGAAUAAUGCCGAAGCUGGAGUCUCUUGAUGUAAGUUACAAUCAUAUUUCAUGGUGGACAAACGAUUAUUUUAGAAACUUAACGUCGCUGCGAAUAUUAAACUUGACGUCUAAUCAAAUUGCGACAAUUAACAAACAUUCGUUUUCUUAUGAAACACUACAAGGUUUAUCACGGCUUGACUUAUCAUACAAUCCUUAUUCUUGUUCCUGUGCGAAUUUACUCUGGUUUGCGCGAUUACUGAAGAUCAAGAGCUUUGCUGAAAAGCUUCAUAAGUUCCCGAAUAAAUAUACAUGUUCAACUCCUAGUGACUGGCGGGGCAUGAGGAUUAUUGAUACACCUAUAAGUAAUCGCUUUUGUUUGUUAACCCCCGUUAUAAGUUUGAUAAUAACAUCAGUAUCGAUAGGAGUACUUCUUUUAAUACUCGCGAUAUCUCUGGUUUACAGAUAUCGUUGGCACCUUCGAUACUUCGUCUACAUACUCCGAUACCACCACAUCAGGCUCCAAAGAUUCGCCACUGAAGGACGGAGCUAUCGGUACGAUAUCUAUUUAAGCUGUAGUGAAGACGAUGUAGAUUUUAUUUUGGAAAAUAUUUUACCAAGACUAGAACACGAGUUGAAUCUCCACGUCUUUCUCCCACAGAGAGAUGGGGUUGGAAAUAAAAUUGACAGUAUAAUCGAGAAUAUGGAUGCUAGCAGGAGAUUCAUCUUGUGUGUAUCGGAUACUUUCGCUGUUGAUCAUUACUGUGAGUUCGAAGCAAGCGUAGCUUAUGAACGAAUCUUAAGUGAAAGGCGAGAUUUAAUGAUUGUGAUUUUGUUAGAGGAACUAGGAGUUGUUAAUGUUACUAAGACCGUUCAUAGAAUCUUAAAGGAUGAUGACUAUAUAAAAUGGGGAUGGAGUGAGGAAAGUAUUGAUUUAUUUUGGCUGAAGUUAAUUCAACAUUUAAACUCUUCUGAUGAACCUAGACCUUAGAUUGUAGCUUAAUUAAGGUAGGGGCCUGAGGGUGCCCCGUCUCAUGCGUCACUUGGUAGCGAGCAGCUCUUAUGAAAAAAAGAAAUAUUUUCUUUUGUGGACAGUCGUUCUGUACAGGACAAUUGGCAGUUAUAUUUGUGCACGAAACCCAGCAUUAGGGUCUUUGGCAGUUGGAGGAAACUGGAGGACCCGGAGAACACCCACGAGGUUGGACAGGUGACCCAACUCAUUGUCACGUACAACCGGGGAAUCGAAACCCCGCCAGUUGAAUCAAUGAUAGACCUUAUGUCACAGAUCGCACGCGCUAACCAUUCGUUCAUCUAACCUCUCUAAAUGGUUUGAUGUUUCGAUUUCAAUAUCUGAUGUUACACGACAAAAAAAAACUAACUCCAUGAAAUCAUCUCUACAAUAUGGGUCAGACAACACGUUUAAAUAUGAAAGUACCCUAGCAAUUGUUGUUAGCUGUUAGCAAUAUAACCAUCAUCCUGCACUAAGAUUAAAUUUCAAUUUCGUUUCGGUUUUCUUUUCCUUUUUUAACCAACUUCCUGCCAUAAUAUCUAAACAACCCACUGACGACUGUAUAUCAAUGCAGCCCAUUUGAUAACAAAAGCACUUGUACUUUUUUUUUAAAAAAAGGAAAUAUUUUGAUC